UCCAUAAUCGUUACGAUAGGAAGACCGGUCGUCUCACCGCGCCCAAAGAACGAUCGUGGUGAAAAAUUGGUGAAAAAAGGAUAAUUUAGUGUGUGUAGUGCGCGGGUAAUGCUUUCUCACUUAUGAGACGUCCCUAAAUAACUCCUACAUGAUUAAAACUAGCGGACAAUCCAUUUUCUAUGCAUGUGAACCGAUGUAUUCGUGAUUUUGUGUUCACCAUUGGAUAGUCGUAUAGCUGAUCGGUUUAGGAAGGCCGCAACGGUUUGGAAAAAGUGCUGCUACAUUAGUUCGCUGCGGACAGUAUGAACGAAUUGGAUUCACUGAGACAAGAAGCGGAAACACUAAAAAAUGCCAUUAGAGAUGCCCGUAAGGCGGCGUGCGACACAUCCCUGGUGCAGGCCACCGCCAGCCUGGAGCCCAUCGGGAGGGUGCAGAUGCGGACGCGGCGCACCCUCCGGGGCCAUCUUGCCAAAAUAUACGCCAUGCACUGGGGCUCUGAUUCCAGGAACCUGGUGUCCGCCUCUCAAGACGGCAAACUCAUCGUAUGGGACAGUCACACGACCAACAAGGUACACGCCAUCCCGCUGCGAUCGUCGUGGGUGAUGACCUGCGCUUAUGCCCCCUCGGGCAGUUUUGUGGCGUGCGGCGGCCUGGACAACAUCUGCUCCAUCUACAGCCUAAAGACCAGGGAGGGCAACGUGAGGGUCAGCAGGGAGCUGCCCGGCCACACGGGCUACCUGUCCUGCUGCCGCUUCCUGGACGACAACCAGAUCGUCACCAGCUCGGGUGAUAUGUCCUGCGCCCUGUGGGACAUCGAGACUGGUCAGCAGGUCACCUCUUUCCUGGGCCACACCGGCGACGUCAUGUCGCUGUCGCUGUCGCCAGACAUGCGCACCUUUGUAUCAGGGGCCUGCGACGCAUCCGCCAAGCUGUGGGAUAUCCGGGAGGGGCUGUGCAAGCAGACGUUCCCCGGCCACGAGUCGGACAUCAACGCGGUGACGUUCUUCCCCAACGGGUACGCGUUCGCUACCGGCAGCGACGAUGCCACCUGCAGGCUGUUCGACAUCCGUGCCGACCAGGAGCUGGCGAUGUACAGUCACGACAACAUCAUAUGCGGUAUCACCAGCGUGGCGUUCAGCAAGUCGGGCAGGUUGCUGUUGGCCGGCUACGACGACUUCAACUGCAACGUGUGGGACUCGAUGAAGACGGAGAGGGCCGGUAUACUAGCAGGCCACGAUAACCGGGUCAGCUGCCUGGGAGUGACCGAGAACGGCAUGGCUGUGGGCACGGGCUCUUGGGACAGUUUCCUGCGUAUCUGGAACUAAGACGGCUGAGACGCCACAACCAAAGCGUCUCUCGCCCGCAUCACAACAACUGGGGCCGCACGCGCGCAUCUACCGACGUUUCCCAAGAUUCCGUUCCCGCCUUCGACGGCUUCACCAAAAUUUAUCCCCUCUACUCCUGACCGUUUCAUUUUCGGUGAAACUUAUCCCGCUCCUGAUGGAAUUUAUCAUAGAACUGUCCCAUCCCCGUCACAAUUUUUCCGUCUCGUGACCGGUUUGGCCCACGCAAUGCCCCUUUAUCUCUCGCAGUGUCCGUUGUGUGUUUUUUUUUGUUUUUUCAGCGCCGGCUUUGUGAUGCGGGCGAGGGCGCGCGUGCGCAGAGACUAGCCGUACCAAUUUUUCCUCUCGGUUUGUCACAAGUACAAAAAAAAAAAUGACCAAAACUAGUUGGGGUUCCUUUGGGUUCCGACGGGACGCUUGGGGGUUUCUAAACUUUAAAAAAAAACAAUGGAUAAUCUGCUGAUGCGGGCGCACGACACGGCUACUAGUCUUGGAAUUUCCGACCGAACGGGCGGAGGAGCGUGCCAUAAAAGCGGGCGUCGCCUGACGCGAGACCCAGCUGGGCGGCGUCCCGCCCUCAAAGAUUACCGGGCAGAUUAUGAAUCAAAUUCUUUUGAGAUACUGCCUCUGAAAAUACUGUAAGAACAGUGUUCCAUUUUGCUAUCACCUGUCGUUGUUUUCGACGUUUUUUUUUUUCUAAAUAUUAAUUUGAGGGAAAUUGCAACGUUACGUUCUGGUUUCUCGCAUUUUUUUUGUAAAUAUUGAGUUCCUCUUAUCACUUUUCCGUUAUAUCUAAAUCCUUUUCGGUGGUGGUCGCAGAAAAUCGAAAUGGUCACGUUCCGAGAAUGGAGUUAGGAACCCGUACUGUUUUUUAGGAGACAAUUUCUAUGCCCGCAAAGAUAAUAUCACAAGUUUAUACAAUUUUUUAUAUUCGAGGUCGUUCUUGGUCGAUAGUUGCUAAUCGGUUUUUCGUUGUAACUCUUUUGUUUCUCAUUAAAUUUUUUAAAUUUUUAGUACUUGUUACUUUGGGGGCUUGGGGGCAAAGCACUCUACAUUUUUGCUCCAAAAAAAAUUGUGACAUUACUUUUUUUUAUUUUUGUUACCAUUUCGAAGACUUUUGUGCUCUUUUAAAUGAAAAAGGUAUACUUGUUUGUUAUCGAUACGACGAACCGUUUUCGAGGAAAACCUGUGUAACGAUAAAGAUUCCGAAACAGGUUUUUGGCAAGUUCCAUUUGAUUUUACAAGAACGCCUUUUUCACUUAAAAAAGUACGAAAAUCUCAAAAAUAGUAUAAAAAUAAAUAUAACUUCCCAAAAAUUACCCACAUUUAGUAAAAAAGGGAAAGUUAUACGCUUGGUGAGCUUGAUUUAAAAAAAAUAUAUAGAAACUUGUGAUAUUAUUUUUGACAGCCCAACCCAGAUCGAGCAGCCUUUUUCGGGAUCUCGUAAGAAGUCAUAAUUUUUUAUUUUGUAGAAUUCUACCUGGGGCUAUUAAACCGUCCCCAAAAAAAACUAUACGGGUCCCAAGUUUUAUUUCGAUUUUCCGUAACCGCCACCGCCUUUCAUACUAUAAGAGUUUUACCAUAAAAAUAAUCUAGCUUUGCUUGUAUGUGAGUGGAAUGAACAAAAAACAAAAAAAAAACCUGUUUUUUAACUAAAUUCACGUGAUCUAUGAUUUUCUACUGCACGGAAGGUGUUUCGGGUGUGGGGGGUGGGGCCCGCGACUCGCCCAGCACAUUUUUAUAAAACCCAAACCGGCGUGGCGGGCCGCACCGCCGUCUAACUAAAAUAAGUGUAUAAUUUUUUAAAUUAUUUAUUAUAUCGUAACGGUGUGCUUGUAAUUUUGGUGUGCGUGGGGGCCGCGGGGGCGUGGGCCGGGCGGGCUCUGUCUCGGUACCGCGGGCACCCUAUGCCGUUCUGAACGGUUUCAUUUAUCUCGCUUGGAAACACAACCAUCCGAACGCUAAGGGCUCAAAACCGUUCACGGCCGCAUACGAGGCGUCCUGUCCGUGUGGCGACGGGACGGCCCGCGGUCCGGGCGGGCCCCUAUAUCAGACGCGCCCCUGGCUCGGCGACCGUUGGCGGUCGGCCGGCUGGAAGCGCCCCGGGGGCCGGCGCGAACGUUUUUAUAUAUUAAAUAGGUAAUGUCACAGGUAUAAUAAUAAUUGGAGAGAUGGAUUAAAAUCGCCGCUAUCGUUUUGACUUACGGGGCACAAUAUCGCGCGUUCAUGUAGCGUCUCUUUUUCGUUCUCUCCCCCCUUACGCUGUCUAGAUUCUCUCGCAGGACCACUCUCUACCGUCUUUUGUUUCUCCCGUCUGGGCAACCGCAGCGGGUGGUUCCGGGGCACAAAUUUUUCAUUCUAAAUACUUGUAUGGCGCAUAUUUUUUAGUUAUUUCGCAUAAAUAUAUGAAUAUAAAUAUAUAUAUACAAUGAGCAUGGACAUCUGAUGGGCGAUCCCACCCGACUAAGGUGACGUGCGAUUUUUUCAAAGUGUAGUUUAGAAUUGUCAUUUUUUUAUUGUUAAUGAUUUUGCGUAUGGUGUAUGAAUACUAUAGCAACAUAUAUGUUAUAUUGUAACGUACCUAAUAAAAUAAACAAUUAAAAUUU